GAAAUGGACUCACGUGAGUGACAAAGUUAUUGCGUGUUGAUGCGGUGGCUGAGGGAAAAUGGGGAAGACGAGCAAAGUUGUCGUCUGCGGGCAGGUUUUGAGCGGGAAAACGGCGGUUCUGGAGCAGCUCAUCUACGGGAACCACACGGCGGGAACGCAGCUGUUCCCGACUAUUGAGGACAUCUACGUGGCAAACAUCGAGACGGACCGGGGCGUCCGCGAGAAAAUCAGGUUCUACGACACCGCAGGGCUGAGUUCGGCCAAUGCAGAGCUGCCCAAACACUACAUCACUCUGGCAGAUGGUUUUGUUCUGGUGUACAGCACGACCGACCGAGAGUCCUUCAAGAGAAUCGACCUGCUGAAGAGAGACAUCGACGCUGCCAGGGAGAAGAAAGAGGUAACAGUAGUUGCCGUGGGGACCAAGACGGACCUGAAGGAUCGGAAGGUGGAGCUGAGGGAGGCUCAGAACUGGGCUCAGAAGGAGAAAGUUCGGCUGUUUGAAGUUUCGGUGAAGGACAGAAAAACCCUAAUGGACCCUUUUGUGUUCCUGGCCAGCAAAAUGACACAGCCACAGACCAAAUCCAGAUUUCCAGCUUUGGGGCCAAAGGUCAAACAGACAUCUAUCAAUGACAGCUGAGAGCCCAUUGGACAAUGGUCACAUGACCUCUUCCUUACAUAUCUAAGACUUUAAGAGUUACCUUCGAUCAUCAGAAAAGGAUGCUAGACGGCUUCCAAAACGUAGACGUAAUUUCACAGAAAACUUUGUCCAGUGGUCAAUAUAAUGGAUAGAAUCAUGAAAUAUCAGUCAUUCCUGGAAACCAGACUUUCAUGAACAUUUAAUAGCAAAUUUAUUUCACUGUAGAGGUCAGUGAAAAGUUGAUAAGUGUAAAUAUGUUAUAAUUUCCUUGUUUGUCUAAAUUAUAAAUAACAGCAGAGCUGGUAACAAAUGCUUUGAGUUCAUAAUGUUUCUUUUUAUUUUUUUUAAUGUAACGUGAUAUGAUA